AUGACAUUGACUGCGUCGCCGUCGGAGGUGGAGAUGAAGGCCGUGAAUCGCGCAAUUCCAAUAAAUCUGUCACUUGGCCCCGUUUCAUUGUCGCUGGAUGCGUUCGGGCAAUGGAGAAUCGAUGACAGUACGUUGCAACAGGCACAAGAGCGCGUGAAAGAGCUAGAGGCGCGCAACGCUGCACUUGAAUCUGAAGUUGCACAGCUGCAGACCAAGUGUACAAGUAUGAUGGAAGAAUCGAACAUGGAGAAAUUCAAGUGCCAAUUGCUGAUCGAAAUGCUAGCGGUUUCGAGUCUAGAUGAGGAGCGCACGCGCACACAGGCAGAUCAGGAAAAAGCUCGCGCAAACAGCAUACAGUCGGACAUGGCAGCGCUACUAGAGCUGGCACGUGCUGAAGGAAUGGAUGUGCGCAAGCUUAACACCGCGCUAACCACCAGACCGCUGGCUCCGUAG